UCACCAAAUAUUAUGUAUUUAUGUGUGAGUGUUACUAGUCUGUAGUCUCCAAAUUGACAGGUUCAAAACUAGCUACUCAUUGAUUAACUCGCUACUAAACAAAUCUCUAUGCUCCGCCAUAGCCGUUGCCAAAUAGAAAACUAGAACCGAAACAAAAGACAUGUCAACACUAACAUUUCUGUAGAUGCCGCCGCACCAUGAAAGCACAUUUUCCUCCUAUGAAACCAUAAGUUUGGAUUACUACUAUACUCUGCAAAUAGCGUCCAAAACGUUUGUUCUCUUCUCUCUUGUCCCCUUCCAAUUCCCCAACCCAAUUAGCCAAACACCUGAACUUCCUCUCCAAUCGCCAUGUGUGUUUCAACUCCACAAAAUCAACCAAAACAGGGGAGAAAAAUGUAGAAAACGAAACAGAGGCCGGCCAAUGUUUGUCCAAUUCCACCUUUCUUCUCCCGUCGUUUUCUUCCAUCGUAGGAUCAUCCCAAACAACACAAAAAAACGAUUCCAAUUCAUCCUCAAUAAAAACCCAAAACCCCAAUUUCUCCCCCCACCACCACACCUCAAAAGAUUUCUCAUUUUCCACCAUGGCGCCCAACAACACUCUGUUUCUCCAUUCACUACUAUUGCUCUGUUUUUCAUCCCUUCACAUUCACACUUCGCUCUCCCUUCCCCCCACAGCAGCAGACGUCCGAUUCCUCCUAUCCUCGUGCUUCCUCCAAAACCAAAUCCACAAUUUCACCACGUUCCCUUCGUCCACCACCGACGACCCAUCAGCCACAACUUCCUUCUACAACCUUCUCGACUACUCGAUCCAAAACCUCCGCUUCCAGGGACCCAACACCCCGAAACCGCUCGCCAUCGUCCUGCCGUCGACGGCGGAGCAAUUGGUCGGAGUUGUGACGUGCUGCAGAGGGAAGGCGGAGAUUAAAGUGAGGUGCGGCGGGCACAGCUACGAGGGGGCUUCGUCGGCGUGGGACGGCGGGGAGUUUGUGAUCGUGGAUUUGAUGAGGCUGAAUGCGGUUUCGGUGGAUUCAAGGAGCGAGACGGCGUGGGUUGAAGGAGGAGCCACGCUUGGGGAGACUUAUGCGGCGGUGGCGGAAGGGAGCGAUGGCCGGCUGGGGUUCUCGGCGGGUUCCUGCCCCACUGUUGGCGUCGGUGGACAUAUUGGCGGCGGCGGCUAUGGAUUGUUGUCAAGAAGGUACGGUAUGGCGGCGGACAACGUGGUGGAUGCGCUCCUGGUCGACGCUGGCGGCCGGCUGCUGGACCGGCUGAGCAUGGGAGAGGACGUGUUCUGGGCAAUACGCGGCGGCGGCGGCGGCGCGUGGGGGAUCGUCUAUGCAUGGAAGAUCAAGCUGCUCAAAGUACCAACAAAGGUUACAGCUUUCGCCGUUUCAAGACAGCCGGCGGCCCAAAACGGCGUGUCCAAAUUAGUCAACAAGUGGCAGCACGUCGCGCCGAAACUAGAACCAGACUUCUACUUGUCGUGCUUCGUCGGAGCGGGCCUGCCAGGGGCCCAACAAGCCCAUCAAAUCUCCGCAACGUUCAAAGGGCUGUACCUCGGCCCGAAGUCGGAAGCACUAUCCACGCUGGGCCGGGAUUUUCCCGAGUUGGGCCUGGGGGAAAAUGAGUGCGAAGAAAUGAGCUGGAUCGAGUCGGUGGUUUUCUUCUCCGGGUUGAACCCGGGAAGCUCGGUUGCUGACUUGAAAGAGAGGUAUUUGGAAGAUAAGCAUUACUUCAAGGCCAAAUCGGACUACGUGAGGAGUGAAAUUCCCAUGAAGGGCAUUGAAUUGGCUGUUGAGAUUCUGGAGAGGGAGCCCAAAGGGUAUGUGAUUUUGGACCCUUAUGGAGGGGUGAUGAGUAAUUUCAGUGAGGAUUCCAUUGCUUUUCCUCAUAGGAAGGGGAAUUUGUUUACAAUUCAGUACUUGGUGGAGUGGGGAGAGGAGGAUGGUGAUAAUAGUGAAGGGUAUUUGGGUUGGAUUAGGGAGUUCUAUGAGUUGAUGACACCUUUUGUGUCAAGUAAUCCUAGAAGGGCUUAUGUUAAUUAUUUGGAUUUUGAUUUGGGAGUUGUGGGUAGUGAGGAGGAGGAGGAGGAGGAGGGUGGUGUUGAAGUUGCUAGGGUUUGGGGUGAGAAGUACUUUCUGGGUAACUUUGAUCGGUUGGUGAUGGCUAAGACGAUUAUCGAUUCAGAUAAUGUUUUUAAUCACCCGCAAAGCAUCCCACCUUUAUCCUCGUCAUCCAUCGGCUUCAGGGAUGAUAUUUAGUGAGUUGUUUUUUUUUUUUUUGUCUUUUGGGUAUAUUUAGAACAAUGUUUUGAUACACCAUGUAAUCAAACAUAAAUGUAUCAUGUUAUCUUGUACGAUGGACAAUUUGGACAUAAUUAUAUAUAUCGUGUGCUCUCAAAUGAGACAAAUAGGCUGAGACUACGCUAAAGAAAUGAUCAAUUAUAACUAAACAACAAGAAUUGAGUCUCAUAUAGAUAUUCUCUUACUAUUUCUCUAUAUAAAUGUAGAUUAUAGAGGUUCAAACACAAAGCGUGUUGUAUAAUCUCAUCUGAUAUUAGUAUAUUACAACUAGACCAACCCGAAGUUGCAUACAUACUCUCUUUUCGAAAAUAUAUUAAAACAAACAAAAUUGUUUCACUUAUAUGCAGACAAAUUUUGUCGGUAAGGAUUUUGUAUAUUUACAAUUAUGUUAGGUAGAAACUGCUACUCCAAGUUAAGCUAUAUUUAUUUAUGUUUCUAAAUUAUGUCCAUUUGCAUGGCUGGUUAGUUGCUAAAAAAUAUCCACGACAUAAAUAAUAAUAAAUUAUAAAAAGAACA